CUUUCUAAUGGAGAGGCGUGUCAAUAAAAACCUUGCAAGUAGAGCGACGCGCCAACAGCGACGAGUUUGUGAAUAUUGGUUCUGAUUUCUGAACUCCAUAGAAAGAAAUUAUUCAAAAAUAUUUGCAGAAACAAAUUUCGUAUAAAAUCUAUUUUUUUCCCCUUCUCACCAUCUUUUUUUCAGACAAAUAAUUUUCGUUUUCGAUCCCUCCGAGUUUUCCCUCUCUUUUCGCAGCGUUUGGAGGGAAAAAGCACCUCCAAAAACCCAAAACCCAAACUCUCUGCUUUGACUGCUUUUCUGAUACUCCUUUUCCAGAGCUCGAUUUUCGGCUCAGUGCAGUCUUGAACUGCUGCUUGUUAGUCCCUCUGAAGAUUAGCGUGUUCUUCUGAAAGAAAUGCAAACCAAGAAAAAGGGUUCUGGAAGAGCAGCUGCUCGAGAGAAUGCUGGAUCAAGGGUUUCGAGGGCUUCGAAGAAAACAACACAUGUGAAAGAACCGGAGAAGAAAGUUACUGACCUGAUUACAUCUUCAGCUAGAAAGCAGAAUCUUGCUGGCACUUUGCUAAAGAAGAACGGGCAACAUGCUACAGAGACAAAUUUGGAUAACAAAUGUAACUUGGUGCGUGAUGAGAUUUCUGAUGCCUGUUUGGGUCAUGAUGGAAAUCAUGAUGAUUCCAUGGAUUAUAAGGCUUGCAGUGAUGAAACGGCUGAUCACGUGCUGGAAAAUAUAUUCUCUCCUACCUUUCAUAUAGCUAAACACGCUGAUGGGGAAACAACCACUGAAGAUGUAGAGGGAGCAACUCUUUCGUCUGAAGUUUCAGCUAUAUAUCUUGCCAUGAAAAAUUCCAAGUUAGAAUGUGUCGAUGAACAUGGCCAAGAUCCUAUGUCAACUGAUGGUUAUGCAGAGGAUGGUGACUAUGAGGAAUUUGAUGACUUUGAUCCGUAUUUGUUCAUAAAGAACUUACCUGAUUUGUCAUCAGUCGUUCCAACUUUUCGGCCCAUGUUGCUGCCAAAACAGACACGGAGUUGCCCUCCUACUACUCUCGUUUUGGACUUAGAUGAAACGCUGGUGCACUCCACACUUGAACCUUGUGAUGAUGCACACUUCACAUUUCCUGUAAAUUUUAACCUUCAGGAGCACACAGUCUAUGUCCGGUGCCGUCCUCAUCUCAGAGAUUUCUUGGAGAGAGUUUCGAGUCUCUUUGAGAUUAUUAUAUUUACAGCUAGUCAAAGUAUUUAUGCAGAGCAGCUUCUGAAUGUGCUUGACCCAAAAAGGAAGAUAUUUCGCCAUCGUGUUUAUCGUGAUUCUUGCGUUUUUGUGGAGGGGAAUUAUCUCAAGGAUUUGUCAAUUCUCGGUCGUGAUUUAGCACGUGUUAUCAUAAUCGACAACUCUCCACAGGCGUUUGGAUUCCAGGUGGACAAUGGAAUACCAAUUGAAAGCUGGUUUGACAAUCCUUCAGAUAGAGAAUUGCUUUUAUUGCUUCCAUUUUUGGAGAGCUUGGUUGGAGUUGAAGAUGUUCGACCACUUAUCGCGAGGAAGUUCAACCUCCAGAAGAGAAUAUCUGCUGCUGUUUAUCCUCUAAAUUCAUUCAAUUAGAGCUGAUCCUUUCUAAAGCUAAACUUUCUAUGUGAAAGACCAGUUUAGAGCCAGAUGUCUGGGGUUUCCCCUGUACUUUAGACAUUUACUUUUGGGGGCUCCACUUUGUUGUGAAAUUAUGCUGUUUCAACUGAAGAAUAGGAAGGAAGACUGAGUUAGGAUCAAAGGGUAUUUACCAUUUGUCAGCAACUGGUACUUCCCAUACAAGGAAGAUGCAUAAGCGCUUGCGUCUUUGAUAGUUGAUCAAUUAGAAAUAAAACCCAAAUAAUUUAAAGGAUUGUUUGCAUCAUAUUCA